UCCUCUGCGUUAGCCGAGUGCUAACAACACUACGAGUCAGUGCGUGUGUCAGCUUCAGUCAAAGACACUCAGCAGGCAUCAACAAGGCACUGAUCACGGAGAAACGAAGCAAUCAAUACGUGAUUGUUGUGCAUACUUUCAGCUGUAAUUCAAAGCAUUGAACAGACAUACUGCAUUGACCUGCUUUACUUAAAGUACAGCCAUCACUAACCGAUACCAUGGAGCUGCAGGCAGUGUUGAUGGCAGCCUGUGGUGGAUCUCGUAUGACUGAUCUGACUUGCAACACCCCCAAACCAAUGCUGCCUGUUGGCAAUAAGCCUCUCAUUUGGUACCCACUUAACCUGCUGGAGAGGGUAGGGUUUGAAGAGGUGAUCGUUAUCACCACCAAAGAGGUGCAGAAGAUGAUGAGCUCAGAUCUUAAAAUGAAGAUGGAUGUGAAACUGAAACUGGAUGUGGUUUGUAUCCAAGAAGAUGGAGAUAUGGGAACUGCUGAUGCCCUCAGACACAUCCAGCAGAAAAUCAAGACAGACGUCCUGGUGCUGAGUUGUGACCUCAUCACAGAUGUGGCGCUUCACGAGGUGGUCGAUCUGUUCCGUGUCCACAAUGCAACAUUGGCCAUGCUAAUGGCAAAAACCCAUGAAUUCACAGAGACCGUUCCAGGCCAGAAGGGCAAGAAAAAGACAGUGGAGCAGAGAGACUUUGUGGGUGUGGAUCAUUCAGGGAAGCGACUACUGUUCCUGGCCAGUGAGGCCGAUCUGGAAGAUGGACUGUUGGUUAGGAGGUCCAUCAUGAAGAAGCAUCCACUUAUGCAUAUUAAAACUGGUCUUGUGGAUGCUCACCUGUACUGUCUUAAAAAAGCUGUGGUGGACUUUCUCACCGAUAACAAGUCUAUGUCAUCCAUCCGCAGGGAGUUGGUUCCGUAUUUGGUGCGUAAGCAAUUUUCGAGAACAGUCAACGUUCAGAAAAGCAGUGAUGACACAGAGGAUCAGAACCAGAAAAAGAGCAACAGCCACUCCAACCAUGAGCUCCGCAUUUCGUCAUGGGAUGAGGCUCUCCUCCAGCUGGCCCAGGAGCGCUCCUGUUGGAAUGACCACCGCGGCGACAUGAGUGAAGCUUACCAUGGAGGAAAGCUGCGCUGCUACGUUCACAUUAUGGAUCAGGGCCUGUGCUACCGCGUCAACACUCUCGCUGCGUACAUCGAGGCAAAUCGACUGGCCCCAAAGUUAUUUGAUGAGCCAGCAGUUCACCCAUCUACUGUCAUUUCUGAGACAUGUCAGAUGGGGUCAGACAGCAUGAUCGGAGCAUCCUGUCAGAUUGCAGACAAGACAUCGAUAAAGAGAUCAACUAUAGGAAACUCCACCACUGUCAAAGAAAAGGUCAAAAUCGCCAACUCUAUCAUCAUGCACUCCGUUACCAUCGAGGAGGGGUGUAAUAUCCAGGGCAGCGUGAUCUGCAGUAACGCCGUCAUCGGACGAGGAGCGGACCUCAAAUACUGUCUGGUAGGAAACGGUCAAUGGAUUGAACCAGAAGCUGAGAGGACUAACGAGGUCAUUGUUGGAACAGACCAGCUGAUGGAGAUCUAGCUACCACAGGGAAGGAGCGAUAUCAGCUUAUUAACCAAAAACAGAUGACGAAUAAUUAAUUACACACCGAAUGACAGAAGCCACUGUAUGCUGGUUUGACCUUGACACUUUUUUUUUUGUAUGUUCUAUCCAAAUAAAAACUGCUCUGUUUAAUCCCA